AUGUCCCGGCAACAAGUGGUCAAUGACACGCUCGACUCCGAGAACAUUGCCGACUUCGUGGGCGUGAAGGUUGCGUACGAUGCCUUCGCUUUGUUGCCCUACCGUGAGCGGAUAACGACCUUGGUCGGCCUCAACAUAUCGGCGAAUCGGCUCUUUUUCAUCAGCCACUGUAUCAAGUGGUGCGCGCAACACAGCCGACUAACGAGCCGCUAUGCACCAUACCGCUCCCGGUGUAUAGUGCCACUGAUGAAUAUGCCCGAGUUCUCGAAUGCGUUUGGCUGCGUGGCAGGGCAGCCCAUGAACCCGAGGAAGAAGUGCGACUUCUGGUCGUAA